AUAAAUCUGACGAUCAAGUGAUCAACAAGAUUCUCGGCCCACUAAAGAUUUCAUCCAAAAUGGCUGAACAAGAAGAGAUGAUGCCCACACAAGAUGCUGAGAGACAGGGGCAGGUUGCUGAUGGAGACUGUGCAGAGACUCAGGACCAAGCACUGGCCUUGAGGGGACCAGGCAACCAGGACCAGACAACAGACAUGAUCCCAGUUGCAGCAGUCGAUCAAUUGCAGCAGUCAGUGCAGCAGAUAUCAAAAGAUGAUGCACAUGCAUCACACCACUCUGGUCAUCCAUCAGUUGACAUAUCAGAGAAUCCACCAAGUACAUCACAGCAACCACCAACACGGCAUGUGGCCUCAGGUGCACAAGAUUCCCCACAACGAACUGGAACCAUCGGAACCAUCGGCACAAUCAGUGGCAGUUACAGUCCUGUCAUUGUUGGUUCAAAUGCCGUUAAUAUUACUUACAACUUACAAGGAUGCAGCGCACCCAAAAAGAUGAAGCUUGACAGUCCAGCCCAAGAUGCUGCUGAUUGCUGUCAAAAGGACCUGAAAUGGUACUACAGGAUGACAGGUAGCUUUGUGGAUUUGAUUCCAUGGUUCGGUGAUGACAGGAAACAUAUCUUGGACAUCUACACAAAGUUACAGUUAAUACUUGGUAAGGACAAAGUCAUGCUGACAUCAUAUGAUGAUAUAUUACUACUUAAGACAAAAGAGGGAGAACUGAUCCCAAUAGCAGUUUUAACUGGGUUGGCUGGUAGAGGAAAGACCACACUUUUUAACAAAAUUGCAUAUGAUUGGGCAGUUGGUUCUAGUCAGGUACUACAGAAGUAUAAACUUGUCUUCCUGUUGAAAAUGCACGCACUGGAGCAGAGUUCAGAUCUUGUUGAUGCAGUGUUUGACCAACUCUUGGCUAAAGAUGUAAGUAUUGAAAGAGGUGCCCUAGACAUGUUUAUCAAGAACAGUCCUGGAAAAGUCCUCGUUUUACUAGAUGGCUUUGAUGAGCUCAUGACUACCACCUUGUGUGAAUCCUCAUUUGGUUCCAUUCUGGAGAUCCUAAGUGGUAAGGUGUUGAGGGGUUGUACUGUACUUGUAAGCACCCGCCCCUCACACUUUGACAGACUCGUAUCAAAGGAACUGGUUCAGGACCCAUUCGCACAUGUCAGGGUCCUUGGUUUCAGUAGUAAAGAUGUCACCGAGUAUGUUAAUAAAUUUUUCACUGGUGAACCUGACAAGGCCAAGGGGCUUCUUGAAAAGAUUGAAUCGUCACACCUUCUGUCCACUUUAGGCAAAAGUCCAAUGCUUCUUCUUUUGAUGUGUGUACUAUGGAGAGAAGAUUGCACUCUCCAAGAAACAAUGUCACGUCUGUAUAGUGAUGGCGUUUCAUACAUCUUCAAAAGAAAGGGAUUGGACUCACAACAUGAAGUGUCAAAAGUUAUGAUUGAAAUUGGUAAGGUUGCGCUGCAUGGUCUUCUUUCUCCAGAUCAGUCACUCUCUUUCAAAGAAAGUGACUUUAAGUUUGAGCCGAGUGUGCUUGACCUGGCUCUGAAGGCAGGUAUUCUGACCAGACAGAGAGUCCGCAAGAGACUGCAGAGUCACAACAGUGUUCAGUUUAUUCACAAGACAUUCCAGGAAUUCUCUGCUGCUGCUUACUUGCAAAGCUUGUUAGAAGCAGACCCAGAGGAAUUUCAGAAGAUUUUGAAUGAAAUUAUGACAAAGGGUGCAAGGAGGUUUGAGUAUCUUCUGCGCUUUUGUUGUGGUGACAAUGAGGCAUGUACAUAUGAGAUUCUGAAGGUAUUUCAGGUCAGGUGCCAGGAGGAGUUGUCAUUCAAAUCAAAGAUGGGUCAGUUGGCACUUCAUUGUUACUUUGAAGGUCAAUCCAAACGUUUGCCUCCAGAGGAACUCAUACAAUCAUUCAUAGCUGAUCAAAUCACCAUUAAACAUCUUGACAGGGAUUGUCUGAACUCAGUCACAUACUUUCUGAAAUGUGUUGCUGACCAGACAAGGGACAGUGGUAAUGCUUACCUUGCUAAAGUACAGAAAUUCUGUAGUUUUACUUGCAACUUGAGAUGGUGUGUUGAGGAUUUCGCUUUUGCCAUGUGUGCAAUGAAAAAUCUUUAUGCUGUAUUGCUCACGUCUUGCUCAUUGACUGGUAGCAACAUGGCAGAUAUUGCUAAGUCACUCAGGGAUCUAUCCAACUUGGGUAAAUUGGAAGUUUUUCUAAAUAACCUGGGUGGUACGGCAGCAUUAUGGUGCAUGCAUUUGAAGGAGUUUAAGACCCUCACAAAGUUGGCCUUGUCUUACUGCAGUUUGACUGAACAGGACAUCAAAAAUAUUGCUGAGUCACUUAUGGAUCUACCCAACUUGGGUGAAUUGGGUUUUGCUCAUAAUAAACUGGGUGGUACAGCAGCAUUAUGGUGCAUGCAUUUAAAGCAGUUGAAGUCCCUCACAAAGCUGGACUUGGGUGGCUGCUCAUUGAAUGGACCGGACAUCAAACAUGUUGCUGAGUCACUCAGGGAUCUACCCAACUUGGUUGAAUUGGAUCUUUCUCGCAAUCAUGACCUGGGCGGUACUGCAGCAUUAUGGUGCAUGGAGGUAAAACAGUUGAAGUCCCUCACAAAGCUGGGCUUGGGUAGCUGCUCAUUGAAUGGACAGGACAUCAAACAUGUUGCUGAGUCACUCGGCGAUCUACCCAACUUGGGUGAAUUGAAUCUUAAUGGUAAUAACCUGGGUGGUACAGCAGCAUUAUGGUGCAUGCAUUUGAAGCAGUUGAAGUCCCUUACAAAGCUGAACUUGAUUAGCUGCUCAUUGAAUGGACAGGACAUCAAACAUGUUGCUGAGUCACUCAGGGAUCUACCCAACUUGGGUCAAUUGAAUCUAUCUGAUAAUUAUGACCUGGAUGGCACAGCAGCAUUGUGGUGCACGGAGGUAAAGCAGCUGCUGCACCUUCAGAGGCUGGAUCUCAACAGGUGUCCCCUGACAGAGGAAGACAAGAACCAUAUUAAUGAGUCACUAACUGACCUGAAGAAGAAUGGAUUAGUCAUUGCCAUGAAACCUUAGAUGGUUUAAAUCACGUUGAUUUAAAUCACUGAUUUAAAUUAUGAUUUAUAUCAAAUACAUUUUUUAUUUAAAUCACUGAUUUAAUUCACUUGUUUUGUAAAAAUUAUAUUUCUGGCAAAAUUAAUAGAUUGAGGGUCAUUUUAAUCAUUUUAAUCAACUGAUUCCACCUAAUUACAAAGUGUAAGAUGUUGUUAACACAUUCAAAACCCCUAAAUGUACUUCAUCAGCAUCGACUCAACUUAUAGGUUUUGCAUAAUUACCCAAGAUCAUUGUUUUAUUAAAGUCAAGAAUAAGAUCUGACUUUAAAACUUGUCUUUGAAGUUUGAAUUCUUAAGAAAGCACACUCACUUUUGCGUUUAUCAUUCCUGAAUCUGUUUACAGUAAUAUUGUGAAUCAACUGUGCUGGUGUAUGUUUACGUGAACCAUCUAAAGGUGCACUAAAGUCCCAAUUGAUAAUCUUAUUCCUAACGUUUCUCUAUAAAAUUGAGAUUGAGAUUUAUAUAAUACAUUUUUAAAGGUGCAAGGCCUGAUUUCUGUUUUCCACCUUGUAUAAAAGACCAUUAAACACCAUUAAGUUACACAAGGACCAGUGCUGCCAGUUUUGAAAUGAGAAGCAUUUAUAUGAAAUAAACAUGCCACUGGAGAACUGUACAAAUUUGUUUCAUUCAUAUGCACAAAUAAUGUAUCCAAGCUGUAUCAAUCAAGCGAUACACCUUUAAAGUGUCUCAGUAUUAUUGUACCAUUGACCAAGUGAGGUAGACUAUAUGUAGAUGAAAUCAAGUGAUUUUUUUUUAAACCACUGAUUCAAUACAAUUUUUUUCAAAAGCAUUGAUCAAUUUAUUGAGUUUUGUGGAUGAUGGGUAUUGUAGGAACCUGUAAACUCCUUAGUUAUGGGUGUAAGGGUGCAUAGGGAGAUUAAGACAUUCUUAGACAAAUCAAUAUUUUGAAAGUUAAAUAAAAAAAAAAGUGAUUUAAACAAUAAAAAAUAUGAUUUAAAUCAAAUAAAUUCUUUUUUAUUUUUUAUUAUUUUAAAUAAAAUUUGCCAACCCUGCAUUUGGAUUAGUCACAAUUGAACGGACUUGUUAAUGUAUGAAUAAGAAGUGUUGCCAGAUACUUUUGUUUGAAUAAAGUCCGUGGUAAAAAAGCUGGACUUUUCGUCUAAAGAGUCAACAGUAAAAGUUUAAUUCACUGGCCAUUUUUCUUUUCUUUCGGCAGGCAGAGGGUAUAAACCUGAACAAAUCUAGAAGCAUAAUUGUAACAGGAGUGACUUGAGUAUAACAGAGAGGUUCCUCCGUGGCAUUUUAAUUGUGGCUCCUCCAUUGGAACCAUUCAGAAAUUCUCAAAGUCCUUUCUAUUAAAGCUGCAAAUCACAGCACAUUGACAAAGAUGUGAUAGACAAUGUAGGCGAGGCACUGAUGGGCAGGACUUCUGCCUACAUUGUAUAUUGGUCAGAUUAGAGAAUCUUUCAAUAGUGAACACCAUUAGUUGGUGUCUCAACAACAUCAUGCAAGUCCAGUACACUUCUAUAAGUCAACAAAUCUGUUUCGUCACCCAUCGCAAAGUUGGAAAUGUUCAUUUCUGGUUGUAAGAUUCUGUUAAGCAAUCUGCGAUUGUUGUCUUGGGACGCCUUCUACAUCUGUGAUGAGAUGUUUCCUUUCACGUGUCUCUGAGUGUUUCCUAUACUGUGUGCUUCCUUGGGGUUGGGAGUAGGGGCUUUACCUGCCACCUAUUACCCUCUGACAACACAUUUUGCCUAUCAGCUGUAAGGGGAUCUUUCUUUGAACAUGCUUCUGUCUAUCUCUGCUGGUUUGUGUUUCUCCUAAGGGAGUGAGUCCCAGUCAUCUACCACCCUCUUUCUGAACACAUUGCCUAUCAGCUCCUCAUGUGUCUCUCUGUUUCUGCUGCUGUGUUUCUUUCCUGUACUGCCUCUCAUACAUAUGAAGAUCUUGCACUGACUCCAAGCCAAUUCAAUCACCCUUAUCAACUGAAAGUCAACAUUCCUUUGUCCCCUUAAUGUCUCCUCGGCCCAUACAGAAAGUCCCUUGGCCUUGUCAGGUUUGAACCCUUAGCUGCAUCAACUGACUUGAACUGUCUGCUCAGAUUAAUCAUUACAGUCAAAUUUGGACCUUCCCACAUUGAUGGGGAAAUAUCCAUCACAAAGUGCUGGUUAGUGGUGACAUUUUGUGAGUCUCAUUUUCAAAUUCUGCGAAAACACUUAAGAUCUGCCCAGCAAAUGAUUUCUGUAUUGGAUAGUGUAACUGCACCUUGCACAGUGUACCAAGGGGCACUACGGAAAAUGUAGAAAUUUGUUCAAAUGCUAGUUACCCAGGAUAUUUUUUCAGAGAGGAAGAUAUUUGCAAGAACUAUCUGUAGUCUGUGAAUAAUGAGGAUCCUUAUCUCUGUAUUCCAGUAACUUGACUGUGACAGAUGUAACAGUUGUAAUUACAUGUAGUGUGGUCAUUACUCUAUGGUCUGAUGAUUGGGGAUAACAUGUACAUGUAGAAAUACAACCAGCCAUUCUCAUUAACUGUAAUAAUUGUACAUAUUACAUGAUAAAUUGUUUGUAAAUAUGCAGAGGUAAUUUAUAUGUAUAUUUUUUUUGUUAUUUUAAUAUCACUUGUAAAUGAAUAUUGCUGCAAAUUGCCUACUGACCUGAUUGACCUGCAAUGCACAUGCAAUCAUGUCUGUAAACAUUUCUGAAAUACCUGUGUUUGUAAGUAUUAAUAUUCGCCGUCUGUUUCACCAAUGCACUUUUCUUAAGAGUUUUACUGUGCUGAACAUUAUUUAAUAAUUUGUAAUGUAUGUAGGGCCCCAAUGGAAGGUUUUUUACAACUGUUUGGGCACAACCUGGGUAUAAAGAAAUGGAAUAAAUAAAUAAAAGAAAUCAAGUGAGAUGGCUUGACUUUUCAAUCCUAGUAGGGUCUGACUCAGAUGCAAACAAAACUAUGUGAAUUUUUAAUAUUGCUCAUCUGAAGAUUGGGCAAAGUGUCUCAGCCAAAUUGUUCUAUUUUUAUAACUUCUAUUUUGUAUUAAUAUAUAGUCUGAUGUACUUUUUAUAACAGCCAACUUGCCUUGCUUUUGUACCAAGUCAUAAGAAUCAUGAAUCUUGCCAUCAUUGGAUCCAGUACAACUCAGAUUUUUUAAUAUCAGGAAUCACAUAUUGCAUGAUGUACAUUGUACAGUGUUUACAAUGGGUCAGAUGUUGGUUAUUUCGAGAUGAAUGUUUCCUUUAUUAUGCACUGAAUGCCCGCAUCAUUAGUGUAAUGCUGACAUAGCAGGCUGACAUAGUCUAGUGUGGGUUUUUUCUCUUUGUCUUAUGUCACACACAAUUAAGCAAGGCAUUUGAGUUUAUGAUACACCAGGUUUUUAAGCAAAUCAAUAGCAUUCUUUUCUCAGUCAUUUGUUGCUGUUAAAUCUCUGAUUAAGAAAAGGCUACACCAAGUUAGGACACAACAAUUAUAUGAAAUUUGUCUCAUGUAAGUUUUUUGUGAUUGAGACAGCCAGCACGUAUUUGAUCCGAUCUUUCAAAUUGCUGUUCUGUUUAAGUUCUCGCUCUUUGAAUAUUCAUAAAGGUUUGAAAACGAUACUUCAAAUGAUUCUGAUGUUUGACAGUAUUGAAGUGUUGGUUUUUUCCUCUAAAGAUUGUUUGUUAUUUCCUUGCUACAAUACUCAAGAAAUAUUUUCUGUUGUCAUUUUGCUUCACCUCAAAAGACAGUACUGAGGUUUCUUUCUUCACAAUCACCUUGUAUUUAUAGAUAAGUUUCCAGUGAAAGUCAAGUUUCAUGGUCAUUCCUGGUAUGAAAUUGAUGUCUGUCAAAAUACAGGUUUUUGUGUGCCUCAUGCGUUUUGAUAUUUGAACUAAGUUUACAUCUGAUAAGUCGCAUUUAAAAGUAUGGGAUUGUUGUAUGCGAAUGUAGUUAAAUAAAGACACUUUUGCAACGGA